AUAUGGGCACUUUGAAGUCUGAAAAAAUGUUUCCAGGGGCGUUUUUCUUCCAAAGCCUCUUCUUCUUUUUCUUUCGCAUUAUCUCUAGACAGUUCAGGAACCCAAAAGGUCUGCAAAGAAGUUUGAGCAAUGUCCAUGCAGCCCAUGGCAAAUACCAGAAGUAUGCUUCUCUUUCUUUUAGAUCAGACUUGUCAGCCAAAACAAUGGUGUUUAAUGUGGAAGGAACUUUGCUGAAAUCAUACUCUUUGUUUCCUUACUUUAUGCUUGUGGCUUUUGAAGCUGGAAGCUUAUUAAGGGCCCUUAUUCUCUUUCUGUUAUACCCAUUUAUUUGCUUAGUAGGUCAAGAUAUGGGCUUAAAGAUAAUGGUAAUGGUUUGCUUCUUCGGGAUAAAAAAGGAGAGCUUAAGGGUUGGAAGUGCUGUUUUGCCGAAGUUUUUCUUAGAGGAUGUUGGGUUGGAGGCAUUUGAGGAAUUGAAAAGAGGAGGGAGGAAAGUGGCCGUGAGUGAUCACUUCCCUCAAGUCAUGAUUGAAAGUUUCCUGAGAGACUACUUGGAUGUUAACUGUGUUGUUGGGAGGGAGCUAAAGACGGGCUGUGGGUAUUUUUUGGGACUCUUGGAAGAGAAGAAGAAAGAAAUGCUAAACUUGGAGGAGAUACUCGGAAAGGAUAGUGUUAUUAGCCAUGAUAUCAUUGGCAUUAGUCAGUUAAAUAGCUCUCUUGAUCAUCCUUUAUUUUCCCAUUGCAAGGAGAUUUACUUGGUCAGAAGGGUAGACAAGAGAAGCUGGCAACACCUCCCAAGAGACAGAUACCCUAAAGCCCUUAUUUUCCACGACGGUAGACUUGCCCUAAGACCAACCCCACUGGCCACUCUAGCAUUAUUCAUGUGGGUCCCUUUUGGCUUCGUCCUUGCCUUGAUUAGGGCCGCUGUGGCUUUAACUCUUCCAUACAGCAUGUCCAUUCCCAUACUGACUUUCACUGGGGUUAAAGUAGCGAUAUCAAAACCCAAAUUGUCUCCUUCAGUGCUUCGAAGCUCAAAAGAAAAUGAAUCCAAAAAAGGCCUCCUUUAUGUCUGCAAUCACAGAACAUUACUAGAUCCUCUGUACCUUUCUUUCGCAUUAAAGAAAAAUUUCACUGCUGUCACAUACAGCCUUAGCAGAUUAUCGGAGAUACUGUCACCAAUCAGGACCGUUCGCUUAACUCGUGAUCGUGAACAAGAUGCAAAGAUGAUGGAGAGACUGUUAAACCAAGGGGAUCUUGUGGUCUGCCCAGAAGGUACCACAUGUAGAGAGCCCUACCUCUUGAGAUUUAGCCCGUUGUUUGCUGAGAUGAGCGAUGACAUAGUGCCUGUGGCUUUGGACACGCAUGUGAGCAUGUUUCAUGGCACAACUGCCGGUGGGCUCAAGUGUCUAGACCCCCUUUUCUUCCUCAUGAACCCUCGACCAAGUUACACUAUUCAGUUGCUCGACGGCGUAUCUGGACUUUCCACAUGCCAGGACAGUGAUAAAUCAAGAUUUGAUGUUGCCAAUUACGUGCAGGGUGAGAUUGGCAAGGCAUUGACCUUUGAGUGCACCAAGCUUACAAGAAGAGACAAGUACUUGAUUUUAGCUGGCAAUGAAGGCAUAACUUGCAGCCAACGGUGAAAUCCAAAUUUUCCUAGCCAGAUUUGAGCGUCGAGAACGUUCAAAUUUGUUGUAUGUCAAGGGCACCAUUGAAUUGUUUUAUUGUUGUGGGCAGAUAGGUGGCACUCUAUUUGUUUAUUUUAGUUAGUUUUUGUUUUCAUUUUCUAUAGCCAUCUGUAAAACAUCAGGCUAAUGUCAUAUGAUGUGCCUUUAUUAAAUCACUCUAUUUGUUUAUUGUUG